AUGCCAGCGGCCGACGACACCACUUCUACUCGUCCCAAAGGUGGCAGCGCCAGUCGCGAUGAGCUUAAUUUCUACAAGACCCAAUAUGAGCAGUUAGAGGCGGAGUUGGCCGACUUCCAGGCCUCCAGUCGGGAGUUGGAGGCGGAGCUGGAGAAGGAUAUCGAAGCUUCCGAGAAGCGCGAGCGUCAGCUGAAGGAGAAGGUCGACAAUCUACGCUACGAAGUUGAGGAGUGGAAGACCAAAUACAAACAAUCCAAGUCGGAAGGCGGAACCGCCCAGAACAACCUGCAGAAAGAAAUUACCACCCUCCGGGAAGCCAACCGAGCUCUCCAGUUGAAGAUCCGCGAUAUCGAAGUAGCCAAUGAUGAUUUUGAGCGCCAGGCUCGCCAUACGACUUCGUCCCUGGAGGAUUUGGAGUCCAGGUACAACAUGGCCAUCGAACGGGGCGUCCUACUGGAGGAAGAGAUCCGGACUGGGGAACAGGAGCGUGAAGCUAUUCGGAUCGAGAAUCAACGUCUGCGUGACGAGCUGUCGGAGUUGAAGAUUGAGAACGAGAUUGUCCAGGAGAAGCUGCGCAACACAGAACUGCAUGGCGGCCGACGCAGGAAGCCAGUUGCCUUGCACCGCACACCUUCCACCCCACAGACCCCCGAGAUCUUUGAUCGCUCGCCCGAAGGGUCGACGGUGUCGUCACCCUUGUUUGCCACACCCCCGAUGAAGUCCUUGACGUCUGCGACAGCAACUCCCCCCUCCCCUCCGAUCUCCGAGACCUCCAGCAGCAUGCGCAAGUCGAUCAACGCGACCCCUGGCUUUCCGCGCCAGAAAGCGUCUGCGUCCGAGUCCUUUGGAUCCAGAUCCUUGUACAGUACCCGGACGCAGCGUUUCACCCACUCUCGUGCGACCUCCCUGGCGUUCAGUAACGGUCGCUCCACCCCGUCCAUCACCUCUCGUCCCAGCUUGCCGAAGCCCGCCAAUCACAAUCAGGGUGCCACAAGUCGGCCCGCUGCUGGGUUACCCAACUCGAGUUCCCUGUACCAAAUCCGUGGCCUGAUUGGCAAGAUGCAGAAGCUUGAAGAGCGAGUGCACUCUGCACGGUCGAAACUCCCCGCGCCGUCGCCGUCGCCGUCACGCGCGUCCUCUCGCGCGGGAUCAAUCCUGGGCGAUAGUCCGGUGGCUUCCACCAUCACCAUGCGUCGAGACUCCCGCAAGCGGUUGAGUGGCAGCAGUUUCAGCUCCUCGGUCCACGGGGAUGGUAUUCCCUCCUAUCUGCCCCACCGGCCCUCAUACAGCACCCGAACGCAAGGCGAUAGCCGGCCGAGCAGCCGGACAAGCUACUCGAGCACCUUCAGCCACAGCACCCACCCCAGUGUCGCUCCGUCGACUCGCCCCGAGAGUCGCCAAAGCCGCACCAAGACCCCGUUGGGACAUUACUCGACCAAUCCGACCACGGAGAGUCGGCGGCCGCGGUCAUCGCUCAGUAAUCCCUCAGGUCAAAAUGGACUGGUGAACGGCAUGUCCCAUAUCGAUGAGGACGAAGACCUGGCGAUGAGCAUGUCUGUGCGAGCGAAGAUCAGCGAGGUCCGGCAGACUCGACUUCCUUCGAUCUCCACUCCCAACGGGAUGAAGAAGCGCGCGCCUAGUGGCAUUUCUAGCAUUCCUACGCCACGGAACCUUCGGGCUAGUGCAGGAAUGGGACCACCCGAUCCAAAUUCCAACGCCAAUGAUUUAGGCGAGACGUUCUGA